CUACAUUAUUCAAUAAUUUUUAUUUACAGAUGCAAUGCGUCAUAGAAGGAUUUCUCAUUUAGGUUUAAUAGUGACAUUCCUAAUAUUGAUCGCGGGUGAUUACGGUCGACUAACGUAUGCCGAAGAUCGCUCCAAGUUUCACGAUGCGGACAUAGUUAGAAAUCAAGAUCAUAUUAAAGAGCAUCUUCAGGAGGAAGUUGACAUCGACACCGAAGCCGAGAUGACGAACGAAGAACUGGAGUUCCACUAUUUUAAGCUACAUGACUUCGAUAAUAACACAAAGCUAGACGGUCUCGAGAUCCUCUCGGCCAUAUCCCACGUGGUACCAUUCGAACCUAAAUCUCCAGAGACCAAGACAGCUCAACAGAUAAGGGACGAAAAAAUGGACUUCUUUGCUGAUAUCAUCGAGCAAGUUCUUAAGGAAGACGACUACAACAAUGACGGUUAUUUAACCUACUUAGAAUAUGUUUUGUCGAGACGUAGAACCGAUCGGGGUGCUUGAUUCAGUCAAUUUAUUAAUAAUUAAAAACAGGCCUAUAUGCCUUUUCUCUCCAUCAUGUACUUAAAGUGAGAGUAGGUAUCCUGCUUUCGCGACUUUCGGACAAUUCCAAAAAUAAUUUGGGCCCUAUUUUAUAAAUUAUAUUUUAUUGAUAACGAUUUAGUGACUUUAUUGUCUAGUUUAGGCUUUACCUAACGACAUCAUCGAGCAAGUUCUUAAGGAAAACGACUACAACAAUGACGGUUAUUUAACCUACUUAGAAUAUGUUUUGUCAGGACGUAAUUGAUCCGGGUGCUUGAUUCAGUAAAUUUAUUAAUAAUUAGAAACAGGCUAUGCAUUUUUUUCUCCAUCAUGUACUUAAAGUGAGAGUGGGUAUCCUGCUUUUGCGAUUUUCGGACAAUGCCAAAAAUCAUUUAGGCCCCAUUUUAUAAAUUAUAUUUUAUUCAUAACGGUUUAUAGUGACUUUAGUGUCUAGUUUAGGCAUACUCUUUAUUGUGGUUAUCCAUAUAAUUUUAGCAUAUAGACACUUUGUUCAAUCAUAUAUUAAAUUUUUAAACAUACAACGUGUGAUUUUACAGGAGCAAAGCUAUUUUUCUUGAAAUAAAAGUACUCCUAAAACAUGGUGUUCAUUGAUUAUGUUUUGAUGUUUAGGUUAAUAAUAUUUGGGUAUUGUGAUAUUAUCACUUCAUUAUUAUCAUUAUAUCUUUAUGAUUGUCACCAUCACUGUCACAUUAACCGUCAACGUCACCGUCAUCAAAAAUUGAGGUCAUUGUUGGCUUUACUGGAUUUUUGCGUUUACUGCUAUUCAAUAUUAAAAUAAUUUAUUGAAUUUAGACAUUGACAUUGACAUUAUUAUUAUUAUUAUAAUUAUUAUUAUUAUUAUUAUUAUUACUAUUAUUAUUGGCUGAUACAAGACAAUAUAGGCCUAAACAAUGUGAUUGUAACGUUGACUAAUUGCAGACCAGGUAGCUUAUGCGACAUUUUAAACCUAAGGCUAGAUAACAUAAUAAACAAUCAUUAAUUAAGUAUUCAAACGGAUUUUAAGAUGACAACUACAGUACGUAGUAAAUGAAUAAUAGGGAAUACCUUAAUGUAUUGUAAAUGGUUGUAAGUCUCAAAAAUAUAAAUAAAUC